CAUGCGCAACUGAUGGAGGUUAUAGGAUAAAUAGAAAUUUUGAACUAUUUAAAAAAAAGUGAGAUAUUACAUAUUAAGGUAAUGUGCCUGAAAAAAUAAACAUACUAUUAUUUCUCAAACAGCUUUCUAUGAAAAUAGUAAUGCCUCUAUAAAAAAUCAAAUGAACACGUGCCUGAAAAUGGAAACUACAUGGAAAGGCAUAUGGUCGGAUGAAAUAAGAAAAAGAGGGGUCAAAGUGUCAUAGAGGGGUUCAUGGUUCAUGCAUAAACCAGAGAUGCAUGAAGCAUGCGACGUAGUUAGACCAACGUGUUCGUUUUGUUGUUUUGUUUUGAUUAAAUCACCGGCACCUCGUAUAAAAGUCGUACAAAUCAACGAACUAAGUGAUGAGAACAGUUUCCAACACUAACAAGUAGUUCGUUGAAACCGGUUAUCAUUUGCAACUACAAGUUGUCAAGUGUUUCUUGCGAGAAAUUUGUUUUGAGCGUAAAAGUACAUUGAGGUUAAGGUUCAAACAUGUCGAGAUUAUUGGCACGUCGAGUUUUUCGGAUACAGGGUGAUUUUAAAACGUGCACACAGCUCAGAUUUGUGCCAGUGAGGAGAUUAAAUUUGCUGGAAUAUCAGAGCAAAGAGCUCCUGAAAGAUUGCGGUGUUUCUGUGCAGAACUUCGCAAUAGUGGACAAAUUGAAUAAGACCAGUUCUGCAUUAGAAAAAUUAGACACUGAUGAAUAUGUUGUUAAGGCCCAAGUUUUGGCCGGAGGUCGUGGCAAAGGAUGGUUUGAUAAUGGGUUUAAAGGUGGCGUUCACAUUACCAAAGACCCUAAAGCAGUAGAGGAAUACGUUAAGCAAAUGCUGGGUCAUCGCCUGAUAACGAAACAAACAGCAAAGGAUGGUAUACUAGUGAAUAAAAUUAUGAUAGCAGAAUCAGUGAAUAUUGCUCGCGAAACAUACGUAUGCAUUUUGAUGGAUCGUCAAUACAACGGUCCCGUACUGAUAGCAUCACCAGCAGGUGGCAUGGACAUAGAAACCGUCGCCGAGAAAACUCCAGAAUUAUUAAAAACCGUCCCACUAGAUAUUUACAACGGUAUUGACGAUCAAAUAGCAAAGGAGGUUGCUGAAUUUUUAGGCUUCAAAGAAAAAGAUGUUCUGGAGAGAGCAAUAUUUGAAUUGAAAAACUUAUGGAAACUGUUCGUUGAUAUCGACGCCCUCCAGGUUGAAAUUAAUCCUUUGGUUGAAACUUCCAAUAAACAAGUUGUGGCGGUUGAUGCAAAAAUAUCUUUCGAUGACAAUGCUCAGUUUAGGCAAAAGGAUAUUUUUGCUCUUGAGGACGACAGCGAGAAAGAUUCCAGAGAAGCGGAUGCCAUGAAAUUUAACUUAAAUUAUGUAGGCAUGGAUGGAAACAUUGGAUGCUUAGUUAACGGAGCUGGUUUAGCUAUGGCAACUAUGGAUAUAAUUAAGCUCAAUGGUGGCGAUCCAGCCAAUUUCUUAGACGUCGGUGGUGGCGUGAAAGAAGAGCAGGUUUAUCAGGCAUUCAGAAUCCUCACUGAAGAUCCCAAAGUAAAGGCGAUCCUUGUAAACGUAUUUGGUGGAAUUGUUAAUUGUGCGACGAUAGCCAGGGGAAUCGUCUCUGCUGCUCGGACUUUAGGUCUCAAGUUACCCCUGGUUGUGAGAUUAGAAGGUACGAACGUUACCGAGGCCAGAAAGAUUAUAGCGGAUUCUGGUUUGCCGAUUCUGACGGCAAGUGAUUUGGACGAAGCCGCGAAAAAGGCAGUAUCUUCUAUUAAAUAGUGAAAUGUUUACACUUAAGUUACUGCAUAUAUUUUUAAAGAGACUGGAUAACUCUAUUAGGCAGAUGGAAGUUCAUAUUACAAGAAAAGAUGCGACUGAUUUACGUAAGAACAUAUGUUUAUGCUUACUUUACUCAUGUCUCUAUGAACUGUUUUUUCUUUUACAAUUUCUAUCAAAGACACGGAAUACUUGAUCGAUUAUUUUUACGAAAAAUUUCGUAAUACUAAACAAUGGACGAUUUUUAAUUUUUUCUUUCGAAGUUAUUUAAGACUUUAAAGAAUUAAACUCUUUGAGUAGUAUUGUCACUUAUAAUAUAUACAACGCCAGUUCAUAGGCAUAUUUUCUACGCAAUUUUUUAUGUUCUGUUAUUUUUUAUGUAUAGUUCUAGUAAUCAUGCGGAUGCUAGAGAUGACUUAUUAUUCUAUAAUAUAGUAUUGUUUUUCCGGGCCGAUUCUGGUAUUGUACAUUAUAUAUUUCAAAGAUUUACUUAGUUUUGUCAGAGAAAAGGGAGAUAAAUGAUGUGAAGUGUCAACUUUAUAAUUUUUUAAAUAAAAUUUUCACCAUAAAUCUA